AUGAUCGCUGAGGUGGCAGAUCGAUGGCAGCAGAUGCUGCGGGACUGCUCCGUGCGCUCCAAACUGCCGACCGUGAGUCUCCUGCUCGUAGGCGACACAGAGAGCGGAAAGUCCGCACUCGUAUCGCGUCUGGACGAAGCCAAAGGGGGUCACUCUGAGGCUGCAGGUAGUGACCCCGCUGUCGAUUCGCUGCUGGCCUUUCAAACGCUCGACGUGCUGGAUCCGCGUGCAUUAGAGAGCGGAGAGAGUCAAGAAUCAGAUGACGUGAUCGCACACGUGGAGACGUGGAGCUUGAACGAUUUGAACCUCAAGGACCUGAUUAAGAUGGUGGUGAAACCUCAGAUGCUUGAUAAGACGGUGGUGGCUGUUGUGCUGGAUCUAUCGCGGCCGUGGACGAUCAAGAGCUCAUUGGAGCAGUGGCUUUCAGCUUUGGAAGGUCAAUUGCUAGAUCAGAUUAAUCAGUUGACAUCAGAAGCUAGAAACGAGCUGUAUGCGGCGAUUAAGCAGCAUAUUCUGGCCUACGAAGAUCCGAGUAUAGACCAUUCUGCACCGACGCCAAUGGAUACGUCUGCGAGCGAGUUUAUAGAAGAAGGUGUCUUGUCGAAGAACCUUGGCGUGCCUCUUAUAUUUGUUGUGGCCAAGGCGGACCUGCGUCCGGAAAACUCGGUCCAAAUGGAUUACAUCGAGUACACGCUUCGUCGUGUUGCAGUUCGAUACGGAGCAUCGGUGGUGUUUACAUCAGCGAAGACCGGCUCGAAUGUGGAUACUCUUCGAAAGUACAUUCUGCAUCGCGCGCAUCCGUCUCAAUUCAAAUUCACGGAGCCGCCACAAUUGGUGGACCACAACACCAUCUUCAUUCCGUCUGGCUAUGACUCGUUCAAACUGGUCGAAAAAAGUCUUGCGGGCUCACAAGCUCGCUGGCCUACCGACAAACCCUUUGAAAAAAUUGUCCCUGCUCCGACGGAAGACUCAGAUGAUGUUACGACACUGCUCGCUGCCGAUAUCCAUAUCGAUAGCCACGAGCAGUGGCUGGAGAAACUGGAAAAGGCUGCAGGUGCAGGUCUGGAGGAGCUACAAAAGCAAAGCAUUGAAGCAAGCAAGAAGUCAGAACAGGCAGCUACCGCUCGCCGUGCGACAGCAGAUCGCCAAAAGCGUGAAGAGAAGGAUGUGAGCUCCAUGCAUCUUCAGAACUUCUUCAACAACCUACUGAGUCGACCAGAGAAGGCUAGAUCAACUCGAGCGAUGAGCGACAAAAAGAAGGAAAAGAGCGAUGAGUCUUAA